GAAAAAAACUUAAACUAAUAACUGAAGGAGAAAGAUGAGCCUUAUCAAAGAGCGUAAACCAAAAAAACCUCAUUAUAUUCCAAGGCCUCCAGGAAAACCUUUUAAAUACAAGUGUUUUCAAUGCCCGUUUACUUGCAAUGAGAAAUCACACCUUUUCAAUCACAUGAAGUAUGGGCUCUGCAAAAACUCGAUUACUUUAGUGUCUGAACAGGAUCGCGUUCAAAGCAUCAAAUGUUCAAAAUCUAGUUCCUUGGAACCGAAGCAGAUCAAUCAGGCAGAACCUGCUGGCAAACCAACUUCCACUAAAGCCCUCUUAAAUCUCGACUCUAAGCCUCAAUAUGCUUUUGCCAAAGACGAUGCCAAGGAAAACAUGGACAUUCAAAAUCAAGCAACAGGCAAAUCAGUAAACGGGCAAAAACCAUUGAUUCAGAAGGAAUUAAUUCCUGUUAGUAAUGAAGUUGCAAGUACAACCAAUGUACAGCCCAGUCUUGAGGGCAUCGUGAGACCCUCUGCUUUCGUGCCUGUAGGAGAGCAUCGACUCAGUAAAGACAGUAAUGAUAUCUCUCAGCUGACAUCUCUUUCUGAGUCAAACAAAGGCUCUCCCUUCCACACCAAGUCAGCAUUUCAUGCUCCAAACCACCCAUGGAAAACAGGUUCAAGCCUUAUCACACCAGAUUUUACUCAUAAAAUUCCACCUGCAAAAGGUUUUGCUUCUAUUCCAUCUUACAUGCAGCCGAUUAUUCCAGAGUAUUCACCUUCACUGUAUGAGCAUGGACUGGCUAUCUAUGCACCUUACUUCCUUCCAGGCAACUCUCAUGAGUGUGACAGUUCAGUGCUCUCUGUCUAUGGCCCUCAAGAUCAAAGACAUUUUCUUCCUCACUCUGGGCCACUCCCUAAACCAAUAAACUCAGCAUCUUAUGAACACUACCGAUUAUUCCAGCAGUAUCAUCCCAAUCCCCCAGUACCAUAUGGAUUUUGUAGGCCAACAGAAUCAGCAUUUUACAGGCUUCCUCAUAUUGCAAACCUCAAUAGAGAUCCAAGUUCUCAUUUAAUGGAGGAAACAACCUUGCUGUACCCAGUUUCCCCAAGCCCCGCCAGGUUACACCUGUUGAAUUCUCAUAAAAAACCAGCUGAUUAUGAAAAAGAAAUUCCUUUGCUGCAUACCAAAGGCCAAUCCAAAGAAGACCAAAACGAAAGAGAGAAUGCCAAAAUGAGCCCUCGUGCUGGAAGUGCAGCCACAGGCUCCCCUGGAAGACCCAGUCCGACAAACUUCACUCAGACGAGCCAUGCUUGUGAAGGCCUGUUUGAUCUUUCCAACAAGUCAGCUUCCACUAGUAUUAGCAAGUAUGAAAAACCUCAAUUGGAAGAAGGUUUCACAGCAUUCAGACCUGUGAGGAAAAGUACCGACCAAUCCACUCUGCCUUUGCCAAACGAAGAGGAAGAAAACAUGCCUAAGAGUGUCGAUGCCACUAGUGAAAAUGAAAAUCUAGAACAUUCAAGAGAUGGUAAUGACGAUGCCCUGUCCAAUUCUGAUGACGACACAGGAGUAGCACCGCUUAAUCUUUCUAAGAAGCCAGAUGCAAACAAUGUUCAUGAGCACAUGUUCAAUAACACUCUCCACAUGGAAACGCAGAACUUUGCAGAACUACAGGAAAUGCCUCUGAAUCUCUCUGUAAAAGACAGCUGUAAUAUUAAAUUAGCACACCAGAACUCACUGUAUGAAGCUGAAAACCGGGAACCUCUAAAAACGGAAAAUGAAAGUUUGGAAACUGAGGUGUGCAACCUUAAAUAUCACAUGGACUGCAAUAAGCCUCUCAUCGCGAUGCAAGGGAAGGAAGUUCAGGAAAUAAGGACAAUUGACAAUUGUGAUGAGCAGAAACAAACUGCAGCUGUUGCUCUCUGUCAAUUAGCUUCCUACAGUCCUAAUAAAGUCCCGAUGGAAAGUGCUGAAAAAAGUAAUCAGGAGAGCAAUUCUCAAUAUACAGAAAUUACUCCUGAAUCUUCGAAUACUCAGGACACUCACUGCAGCCAAAAAGCAAAAGGACAAAAAAGGACCAGUCAAAGAGAAGGGGCAAAACUGCAGCAAGUUACAAAAAAAGUAAAAACAAAUGACUGCAGUAGGGUGUUUACUCUGAGGAAGAGAAACAGAGUAUCAUAAUAUUUCACUUUCCAAUGUACUGUUAAGCAGCUUCCAACUACGCUAUCGAUCAGAACACCAACUUUUCUGGCACUGAUUCUU